AUGCAGCGCAUGCAACGUGUGCUUUGCCUUGUGUGGUGUGUGGCUGUCGCGCUCGUCCAUUCCUCUGAGACAACCUGUGCCGGCAGCCGGCCCUACAUAGGGGAUCUCAUCGUAGCUCUGUGUGCUGGCAACUUUCCAGUGAAGGCGGCAGCCACAGAAAGCUUUUGGGUGGUUCACUUCUAUGCUGGCAACUGUCGACGAUGCCGUGAACUGGCCACAGCGCUUGAAAGUGCAGUGGGUGGCCCUGCCAUUCUUAAGAGGCACAUCAAGGUUGGUGCUGUGGACUGUCAUAAUGCCUUGAACACUCAACUCUGCAAGGGCUACAAAGUUUGGAAGUUUCCCGUGCUGAUGAUCCUGUCCACUGGCGCUCGAUAUGCUGGACCGCUUGACCCAACAGCAAUGAGUGCCUGGCUGUUCGAGGCCAGUGAGCCUGGACUUCUGUCUCCGGCAUCGCAGAAGAUGAGCGUUUGUCCAGCCUUCCAGCUCUACGAAGAGCCGCAGCAAGCUAGAGACUUCCUCACAGCGCACAACAUCUACAGAUGCAUGGCAGGGAUCGACAUGCUAGAAUGGGACUCUACUGCAUUUCAGACCGCGCGCGCCUACGCACAUACGGCGCCGACUGAACGUUUGGCCCAUAGCAAGCCUAGUGAGCGCCGGAGCAAACAAGGAGCGACGUUUGGCGAGAACGUGGCAGUGGGUCACAAUCUGUGGCCGGGGCAAGUGGUGGCUCGUUGGUAUGAUGAAAUUCGUAACACGCAGUUUGGAAGCUUUCGACCAAACAGGGCGGGGCUUGGACAUUACACUCAGCUUGUGUGGCGCAAGACGCAAAAGGUCGGUUGCAGCUUUGGUCAGAAUCGACGAGUCGCUGUUUGCCAUUAUGAUCCUGCAGGAAACGAGCGAGGCAAACAUCUGUCGCAGGUCGCACCCCCAUUGCCUGGCUUUUUCGGCAGCGAGGGACAAGCACGCUGUGGGGCCAUUGUGGAAACCAUUGGCGCGCGAUGA